AUGGAGGUGAAGGAGACACAAGAUAUGGUUGAAAUGGAGAUGGCGAGACACAAGCCUAUGUGUUAUUACAUCAUGAACAAUGGUUGUGUGGAGGAGCAAAACGCUUUCUUCGAAAGGCCAAAUGAGUCUAUGAAAAGCCAUUUGAAACCUCUAUUUAUCAGAGGCAAAGUAGGAAAUGUGGGGGUAAAUAAGAUCCUAGUUGAUGGUGGAGUGGUAGUGAACUUGAUGUUGCAUUACAUGCUAAAAAGGUUCGAUAAGGAUGGCACCAACACAAGGCCCCACAACAUGGUUCUCUCAAACUAUGAAGGGAAAGUCGGAACUACAACGGGGGUGAUACAAGUUGACCUCACUGUCGGCAUAAUAACAAGGCCGACAAUGUUCAUGGUGAUAGCAUCAAAAGCCAAUUACAAUCUGUUGCUAGGUAGGGAAUGGAUUCAUGGCAUAUGUACAGUCCCUUCUUAG